CGGGCCAGUUCAUUCCUGUAAUGGCCGCCCGUCUGGCGUUGUCGGUGACUCGGUCCGUUUCUGAUUCUCGCGAGACCAUAGCACCGGAUCGUUCGUUUUCCAUCGUCCACGGACAAGCCCCGACAGUGCCGAGGAACCCGGUGCGACGUGGAUAGGUGUCGGUGAACCCGUUGUGCACAGUGUUAACGUUGGUGGCCGGGUAAUAGUAUCAGUGUGUAACAGCGGCUUGCCUGUGUGUCGGAACGAUCCGUGGAUUCAAAAACGGUGAAAAUCGCGGCGGUGUUACGCCGCUCCGUUCGAUCGUCCGGUUUCGUCCUGAGCGGGUUUACAAGGCUCGACAAGAACCGAACGACGAGGCGGGUGCAAGAGGAGAAACGAAUACACGGGAUCCUCGCGGGAUCCGUGCGAGUAGAUCCCCCUGUGUGUUCCCGAGACAGUAAACAAAAGUGACAGCGUGCGCGGACGCCACGGUUCUCUCGGUCAUGCCUCCCGUUCUGGACGGGCCUGUCGACGGUGUUUGACGUUGUGCUGUUGCUCGUCAACAAGUCCGAUCCGAAUUCCCUCCGCCGUGGUUCAAGGUCUUCUAAAACCAUCCGAGAACCGUCCACGCUGCCAGCGUGCCUCCCAAUUUCUUGCAGGAAAGAGACUCCGAAGACGCCGACUCGAGGACGUUGGAGGAAGAGACGAGGUAGCCGCUGGCAGUGUAGGCGAGAGAUGUGCCAAGUCGGUUCGUGGUGGCUGCCCCAUGAGGUCCACGGUGUGGUGUGAGCCGCACGGUUGCCGCAGUGCGUCCGCCGGGCCCCAUGCCCCAUCCGCCAUCGAUUCCGGAUCGUGAUCCCACUGCCAAGCAACGGGGCUCGGACACGCGCGCCGAGUUGAAGCGCUGAAAGGAUGCCGAGGAUCAGCGCCGUGGGCGCAGCCCGCCGCGUUCGAAGCGUUCCCGCGACGUCCACGAAGCCGAGCACGCAGGUCUAACCCGGAAGACCGUGUCGCCUCGGUGGAGAAGAGGUCCCGGGGAGUCGUGUGAUGCGGGCCGAGAAGACGGUAGCGAGCUGCCAGCGUUCCUGCCAGAUCCGCCCGCAAUAACGGCGAACAUGUUCGGCAAGGUGCCACCCUCGAACACGCCGGGCCCACCCUGCACCGGCAAGUCCUGCAGCCCGAGCUCCGCGGGGGCCGCCUGUCUGCCGUGUUUCUCGUCGGAGGAGGCGGCCAGCCUGGCCGCGGACGAGGGCAAGCCGAAGCCCUGGAGGCCGAAGGACACCUGCGCGCCGGUGGUCUCCGAGGCGCCACACCUGCUCGACGAGAGCAAACCGAAGCCCUGGAGACCCAAGGACAGCGUCGUGCACGACGCGCCCGCCGUGGAAGACAAGAAGCCCAGAAGGGCAAAGGAGGACGUCGCCGGCAAAGAGGACAACAAGGUAUGGAGGCCGAAGGAGAGCGAGCCGUGUUCCCACCUGACCGAAGACAAGUCGAUCAGGAGUCCCACGAUCGACGAUAAGUCCGCCAGCUCCCAGGAGUCCGGUCCCCCUGGGAACUGCGCGCAGUCGUCGACCCCGUUCGCGGAGCUCGGCAGACCCUGCAGGGCCGAGGCAACGACCUCGAAGAGCUGCUCGAAGUUCUCUAGCAAAGAGUGCCACGCGAGGAGCCACGCGCUGCCGGCGAAGAUCAGCUGCCCGAGCCCGGCGAUUCACAAGUGCUCAUCGAACCCGAACUGUCCCAGCUUCGCGAAGGCCCCGGGCUGCGCCGCGAAGUCGCAGAGGGCGCUGUGUUCGGGCAGCCUGGGCAGCCUGAGCGCGGACGCCAGGGAGCCCUCGUCGAAGCUGGCGAAGAAGCAAGUCGGCUCUAGGGAGCCGCAGAGGGUCGCCCAGACCCUGGCGACCAUGGUCAAGGGCACCUCGAGGUCGUCCAGGCCAGCCGGCGAGCCCUGCGACGAGGACGCCGAGCUGGCCGCUAUCCAGGACUCCUGCCAGAAGAAGGUGUACCUAGAGAAGGACCUGGCCGCCGCUGCCUGCGACAGGAUCUGCAGGGACGGUUCCCCGGUGCAGAAGGACUGGCGGUGCAACGGGGACGCGCUGCAACAGAGCUGCAUAUCCUGCUUGCCGCAGGACCUGCCGACCGAGCUACAGCUCUCCUCGCCCAGGACUUACAAGGACAGGGAAAAGUGCAGAGACCCUUGGCGACCCACCGAGAUGGAGAGCAACGUGUGCACCAGCUUGAACGUGUGCCCCGGGGACGUGUUUCAGGACACCGGGUCCAAAAGGAGGACCGGGGCAUCCUGCCAGGCGCUCAGGCACGCGGUCGCGUCCUUGAACCGACUCGACGACUUCUACAUGGAGAAGAUCGGCGCCGGGUUCUUCUCCGAGGUCUUCAAGGUAACACACAAAGUGACGAGUCAGGUGAUGGUGUUGAAGAUGAACCAGCUGCCGGCGAACAGGCCGAACAUGCUCAAGGAGGUUCAGCUGAUGAACAAGCUCAGCCAUCCGAAUAUACUGAGGUUCAUGGGAGUGUGCGUGCACGAGGGUCAGCUGCACGCGCUGACGGAGUACAUAAACGGCGGCAGCCUGGAGCAGCUGAUCAUGGCCAGGCAUACGCCACUGCCCCACCUGGUCAGGAUGAACCUGGCUAGGGACGUGGCGAGGGGCAUGGCCUACCUGCACAGCCGCGGACUCUUCCACCGCGACCUCACCUCCAAAAACGUCCUGAUCAAGAAGGACGACGGCACCGCGGAGAUGACCGCCGUGGUCGGCGACUUCGGCCUUGCCGCGAAGAUACCCGAUCCAAGCACCGGUUACAGGCUGAGCACCGUCGGCAGCCCCUAUUGGAUGUCGCCGGAGUGCCUCAAGGGACAAUGGUACGACCACAGGUCCGACGUGUUCUCAUUCGGCAUCGUCGUAUGCGAGCUGAUCGGCCGGGUGCCCGCCGAUCCCGAUGUCCUGCCACGCUCCGACAACUUCGGUCUUGAUUACCUUGCCGUGGCGGAGAUCUGCGCUGCCGCUAACCCGCCAACGGACUUCCUGCAUCUUGCCUUCAACUGCUGCACGUACGAGCCGAAAUCUCGGCCGACGUUCCCGGAGAUCACGUCCCGCCUGGACAGCAUGAUCGCGAACGGCGAGGAGGAGUCGAAAAGCAGCAUCGGCAAGUGCCCGUCGGUCGACCCGACGCUGAUGUCGUCGAUGGACGAGAUCACGCGGGAGGGACGGCCGGCGAGGCGGAGAACCGCCCGCUUGAGGAGUCAGUCGGCGGACGCGCGGGGCUGUGACAACGCGACGCCCUCGGACAAAGCGAGAUGCCAUUCGGCGCGGCGGGUAGCCGAGCUGGCCAGCAGAAGGGACCCUCACUACAAGCCGAUGACCGCGAACCCGUUCCACGCGCUCGGCGGUGUCAAGAAGAUCCUCGGCGACCUGUUCUCCAGCUGCCUGGAGCUGCCCUCGCUGGAGGACGUCCGGCCGAGCGUCACCGAUGCUAUCGGCAAGUUCAAGCCAGCCCCGAACGACAGUAUCGCGAAGAUCUUGGACAGGAAGAAGCCGAACUCGGAGCCGAGCAGUCCCACCGCCAGGAAGAAGUGGGAGAGAAAGGUAGCGACGAAGGUGGGCGCCGCCAGUUUGUUCACGCACCCGCUCUUCCGCGACGGCUGGGAGCCGAGAAGACGGGGCAGCUGCGAGUCCGGGUUCUGGAGCUGCGUCGGCGAGGACCUGAGCCCGGAGCCGCCGAAUCGGCGGCACACCUCGACCCUGAGCAGUUCUGCGGCCAGCAGCCUGUUCCUAUUGGACGACCAUCGGACCAGCUCGAUCUACACGGACUCGUCUGAGGACAUCGCCAGCCUGGGCGGCGGCGACUCUUGCUGGGAGGAUCGGCUGAGCGGCAUAGGCUCUUCCAACAAGACCAUCUCGAAGAUCGUCGAGUACUUCGAGAGGAAGCAGGCCGGCAGCCUGAGGCUGGUGGACCACGAGGCCGGCUCCAGCAGCCGGCUCGCCCUCCUCAGGGCCAGCCUGGAGGGCCACGGGCCUCUCUGCAGCAUCUCCGCCGCCCAGAGGCUGGUUGUCUGCGAGGGUGCCGUGCGCAGCAAGCUGCCGCUCUUCGACAAGAAGUGAUACGCGACCCGCGGGAUCUGUUCCUUGGGACUUUGCGGCCCCCACGUGGAGAUACGCGAGCUCUAGCAGACGGAGGACCCGUGUCGGUUUGGGUUACGCGAGACAAGGGGAUCUGGCGCGGCUUGCCAAGGAACGCCGUGUCCGGUGAGCCGGCAGACAAGGACCGACCGAAAGUAACUGAUAACCAAGAACUAGAGCGUCCGCGCCGGACUUGGUUGUUUAGGGGAUGCGGACUAGGGUGGUGCCCGGCGACGAUCGUAGCCAGUGCUUCGUGAAGCGACUAGCAGGGUAAAAGAAUCGAGACUAUGGUCAAUUUUGAUCGUAAAGACAGUUUUAUUAUUCUACGUUCAGUAUAUCUCACCGAGAUGUGGACUCUGGAACAUAUUGGGACAUUGUUUUGCUUUUGGCGUAUUGCUUGUUGCAUCGGUGUUACUACAUCUUAAAUCACAUUUCAUUGUACUUUGUCGCUGUUUGUAGAGCAGGACUCGGAAUUAACUGUACAUGACGGAGACUGCUCUGAAAUGUGCUGCGAGUGAGAUCUCACAAAUGGGACUGUACGAUGCAACUCCGCGGCGCAUUUCAGAGCAGUCUUCGGAAAUACUCUGUCUCCGUCACGCGCAGUUAAUUUCCGAGCCGUGUCGCAGCGAAUUGCGAGCAAAUUUUAAGAAGCUCGUCGACUAAAUUAACAUCGACGGAAGCAUACGGUUCGAGCUAGUCGAUUCAAUUCGUGACACGAUGGUCAAGCUGUUAGCCCGUUUGAGGUUAGGACUCGGGCGCGUCUUGUCGUCUCAAGUCGCGCAUCGGGAUAGAAUUUUUAUUUUCACGACGAUCUCCGACGCGAACCGUAAGCCAGCUUCGAGAGACGAUCGCGUCGGCGACACCUCCGGCGUCAUCCCCUAAGCAGAGCUCAGCCUCGGGUCCGGCGUGGACGCGGUCAGCCACGAAUUCAGCAGACGCUUCUCUCUAAAAUCUAGUAACCUGACUGUGAUGUUUUUUGAUAAUCUACAUACAUUAUUGAUCCGUGCGACGUAAGCGUCGGUGAAGCCGUCGGCGGAGGCGUUUUUGUCGGUCCUUGGACUGCGGUCCGCCGGAUGCCGGUUAGCGAUCUCGGGGGCGUCUGAUCACGACAUCUGACGGCGGGGCGCCGCACUAUCGGCGUCAGCGUGACGAACGUGUCGACUAAAGUAUUCCACGGGCGAGGACGAACCGACCGUUCCUCGGGAGGAUCGACGAAAGCAAUACGUAUAUAGAAUUUGAUUUGGAGACUGCGGCAACCGGAUGCCGGUAGAGAAGAAAAGUAAACACGCUGCUCAUUGUUCUUACCUUUUUCGCAGUGCCUCGCAGUUCCUAGUUUAGCCACCUCCGUCCUAAUCCACGUCGGCCGACUUCUCGGCGAUCGCCGCGAACCAGAGAUAGAGAAAGAGAGAGGGAGAGAAAGAACGAGAACACGAAUUAUACACCGAUAAUUCGACUCGGACACAUUGAACACCCGGCGUCACAGUGGUUUUCGUUGCCCUAAAUUGCUCCGCCCUAGCCUUGUUUCGUCCCUUGACCCCGUCAUUAGACUCGGAGAACAUUGUCGGAGGUGUGUGUUGCUGGGUCGUGUACCAGACACGCGAGAACUAUACGACCUCGUACAGGAGAAAACGGCAAUCUUGUAAUGGUAGCGACGUUGCUCUUUGUUAAUCGCGAUCGAACGAACAGGGACGAAUGCGAGCACAGAAAGGUCCGCGCCGCAAAGCGUUCGAGAACUGUGCGUCUCGACUCGGCUGAAUAUUCAUGGCAGAAAAUGCUGUGCCUUAUUAAGAACGUGCCACCCUCGGUUACCUUGCGUUGAGCCGCGAACAUUCGGACGUCGAUGAUACAUGCAAUACCCGGAAAAGGAGUUUGAUUUUUAGUCACGAAUAUUCAGCCUGGCGAGAUGUCCCGUCGGAGACCUCUCGCGUCCUUUUGUACCGUAGUUCGACCCUUCUGUGCCGCAUUCGGCUGGAGAAUCAGUUGCCAUGUUCGAAAAAGUUUCUGCUCUAAGAUUCGACUGAUCGAAAGCUCGCGAUGGACUGCGGAUCGAUGACAUCUUCUUUGGUACAUAAUUCGAAUCCCGCUUGCAUUGGAAAAGACGAACACUCGGUCGAAUGGAUCCGCAGUCUGCCGAGCUUGUGGCGGCUCUUCGCGUAGAAUUAAUCACCGAGGAGCUUGAUUCUCGCCGAAUUGGCGUACAGAGUUCAGGGCGAUGUAGGAUAAAACGAUACCCGCGAGUAACCGUACUGCCGUCUUCUUUUGUAUUACGCGACCGUGUUAGAUUCGCGAGUGGAUUCACGAUGAAUCGUCAGGGCCUACGCUGUGCUUCGAUGAAGAGGUGUUAUCGAUACUUCCGUAUAGCGUCGCGGUGGCGUCCGCGGCGCCGUAGUUUAGCCACUCAGGAUGCGAGGAAGCAGAACAUAGUAUAUUUUGUUGACAGAGAUGACACCGCGUGUCCUGAAUAUUUUUGUUGACGUGAAAUCGGGACGAUUGUCCGCGAAUAAUAGAUUGAAAGAGAUCGUGCGACAGAGAGAGAAAGAGUUAAGAGUGCGACAAAUUAAACCGGAAGAGAGAAAAAAACAAGAGAGACAGAGGAAGAGCAAAUGAAACUGAUCUAGUCAGUGUAUUAUCGUGGCGGCCUUAUCUUUUGUAUGUCGUAGCGCUAAUAACUUAAGUGUUCCAAGAGAAGCGAACGAAGUACGCAAAGGAAAGGGAGCUAGAGAGAGAGAGAGAGAGAGAGAGAGAGAGAGAGGCGAAGACUCAGAAAUGUUGUUUCUGUUGUUGGAGAAGGCGAACGGAACUCGGAAUGUACAUGGUAAUAUAGAGCGAGUGCGUGUUUGUGAGUUUCAAUUUGUACGACGAAGAAAACCGCGUGUGUCCUUUGGUUGCUCGAGGUCUCUUGGCUGAAGGUCGCUGGAGGUUAUGUCUACGUCUAUACCGGACUGCCAUCUGCCGCUAUUUUGCUGAAACGUGACCUCCGCAUGGUGUCCAUGCUCCACAAACACUUUUGCACUCUUUCAUCUUCUUAUUGCUUUGAUACGCUCCGCAAUUUUUCUCAGCUUUCAAACACCUCCAUUUUAUUUUCUAUGAUGUCUUCGUGGAUCCUAAUAAUUUUGCAGACUCUUGCAAUUUCUGCAGACGAGAGUUUUCGGUUUCUUAAAAAUUCAAAGCGUGUCUUACCGCUUCUUCUGGGUUCCCAAAUUUCUUCACGGAUCCUAUAAUAUUUCUUCUAGCUCCUUCUAGACCCUAACACGAUCUCCGGUCUCUGAUAUCGAAAACAUGGACGAUCGACCUUGAGUUACCAAGCAGAAUUAGUGCACAUUCGGAGUGACGAGCUGAACAGACACAGCACAUAGGACACAUUGCUUUCUAGUUGCGCGGUGUAGCCUCGGUACGGUAUUCUCGAAGCAGCUGGUGACGCGAGCACCAAAAUCGUCUUCCUGGUUCCGAUUUUCUUUCGAUCUCUGCUUGUUUAAUUAGCGAGACCAUUUUUAUUUGUCCCGAGUCCGGUAACAAAGGCGCCCUCUCGCUGUAAAUUCCACGCUGCUCUGAACAGAGGACUCAGCAACGGGGAUCUACAGUUAGAGGAUACAAAGUGAUCUAUCUUCUUGUUCAACGGCCGACGGAAUACCGUACCCAGUCGUAGCGGAAGACGCCGAGGACGCUUUAGGUAGCUACCACUUUGGCCGGUCAGCGCGAAUCGUUUCGUCGACCCGGCUGCAGGACGAGUCGAACCAAAUUUCUACUAGGAUAAUAGGCCACUAUACCUUUUUACUUGUCAGAGUUCGUUCACGGGUUCUACUUGAUAAGACUGCGUGUUUGUUAAAUAUGUAUGUAAGUAGUAAGUCCCCGAUGCAGUAAUUUCUCUC